AUGUCACCGCUUUGUCAACUACCAUUAUCACGUAGUUAUGACCUCUUAUACACUGAAGUCAUUGGACGAGAGUUGCUUUCAAAAUUUCUAUUAGAUUCAGCGAGCAUGACAAGAGGUACUUUAUAUCCACAGUACCUCUAUCAGUAUUAUGUAUUUGAAGGUGUAUGGCGAGGAUGGCUACGAGAGAAGACUUUUGAAGAUGCCAGAUUCGAUUGUAUGCAAUCACUUUUGGCCAGGCAAAACUGGACUAUGCUUGAUGUUCAGAGUCUUUUGACAUGGUCGCACUUACAACGAAGCGCUGAUGGUUGGUUACCGUCGCAGACUUGUCCUUUACAACUUGAUAAUAAAACUGGGUACAUGAGAGUCAAUGGUAUUUCAUUUAAUAUUAAUACAGGCGCAAUAAAAUUUCUAUUCCAAACAGCUAAAUCAAAUGAUCAAGCGUUAUUUGAUGCAUAUGAUGUACAUGAAGUUCUAACAAAAGGCAUUACGAGUUCGAUUUUUACCUUGGAUCAACCUGCUGCCGAGUUCCAAUCACAUCCGUUUCAAGAGAUGCGUUACGCACCAGACAAUUUAUCGAAAACAAAUUUUCUUAUGACAUUAUUGCAUGCCGACUAUUUGCUAAAGAUGAUUUCCACUGGCAUUGAAGUUUGCGCCAAGGCUCCGUUUCAAACGCGUGCUGCCUCUGAAGGCUUUAUGAUGCGACUACCAGAAUGGUUACGGCAAGAACUACGGCCGGUUCAUGAAAGAAAAGAUGGGGCUGCCAGGAAUAGUGUUCAUCGAUUUUGGAUCGAAGCCGGAGAAAUACCGUAUGAAUGCUGUUUUAACGAGUAUAACAAUACUGUAACGUACUAUGUCAGCGAUGUACCGAUGUGUGUGAAGAAACAAUUGAUGAAAUAUGAUGAGCAAGGCAAUUUAAUUGAUGAUGUAUCGAAAAUCAAUGAUGAUCAUUCACCAGAAGGUGAAUUCGCUCAAGCAUUUACGAGAAACUAUGACGAGAUAGGUUCGUAUUUCCCUGAAUUAUUACGACUCAAGGAAUUAUUAAAGCUCGGUGUAUUGCUCGUAUUUAUUCGGUCGACAUAUAACAAUGUUCAAAAAUACAUCAAUACAAUUUCCAUUGAGACCGAACCCAUUCGUGAUCUUUUACAGUCUAUACGAUUACAGUUACCAGCAACUAAUGAGCGUAAUUUAACUGAAAUAACAGAUGCUAUUUGCCUGUUAUGCCAUUCUCCUGACCCAAGAACUUCAGUAAAAGCUAUGGUCUCAGAUUGGUUACUAUAUAAUCGAGCACAACCACUUAUCGACUUCAUGGCAGAUUCAUUAUAUAACUAUAAGCGCAACCAAUAUUCACAAGUACUAGAAACAAUCGUUGGCAUGAAAGUCAAACUAGACAAUGAGACACAGGCCAAACUGAAUAGUACGAAAGCUGAGUGUUCCUGGGUGCCUGCUGUAUUUUCUUCAAAGGAAAAUAGCCAUUUGAAAGUAUAUGGUGGCGUAAACUUAUCGAUCCGUCUGAAAGAGGGACAAGCUCGAUCAGGCUGUCAACAAGGAACUACUGUAAAUGCUUCGGAAAUAACAAAAAACAUCUAUUCGCAACAAACAACAAGCAAUCGUAACACGGACCAUACUGAAAGAACUGCUUAUCAAUUUGUUGUGGACCGAUGUGAGAACAAGCCACUUGGUCGAGGUACAACUGGUAGAUUCGAACCGCAGACAUUAAAUGAGCAAUUAGCGCUGAACGCAGCGAUGGCAGGAGCUCACAAAGGAAAAGAAUUGACCAGAAUAGCAAUGAGGGAUUCGAGAUGGCCUAUGGAAGAAGGAUGGAUAAAAAUGUCUUCGACACAUGAGGGUACCGGUAUUGAUGUACAUUAUGUUUUUAAUAAAAACACUGAAGAAAUCGAUGACUUCAAAUUUAAAGACUAUAAAAAAGAAAAAUAA